GACCGGAACCUGGUUUCCCGGCCGCGCGCCUAGGGGAGAGUCUUGAGCGAGGCACCAGGACGUCGGCGGCUGGCGGAGCCGGGCGGGCGAAGCUGGAGCGGCGGUUGCGGCGGCGUAGGGAGGCCGGGGCCGGGUCUGAGGCCGCGGCCGGGUCUGCGAGGCCCUUGGGGCAGCAGGCGGCGGCGGCCCGGGACUCGAGCCCGGAGGCAGGAGUGGCCACCAUGGCCGAGAGCAUCAUAAUUCGUGUCCAGUCCCCAGAUGGAGUGAAGCGGAUCACAGCAACAAAGAGAGAAACAGCAGCAACAUUUUUGAAAAAGGUUGCAAAGGAGUUUGGCUUCCAAAAUAAUGGCUUCUCAGUUUACAUCAAUAGAAACAAGACUGGAGAGAUAACGGCCUCCUCCAACAAAUCCCUCAACUUGCUAAAAAUCAAGCAUGGCGAUUUGUUGUUCCUGUUUCCCUCGAGCCUUGCUGGGCCCUCAUCUGAAAUGGAGACGUCGAUUCCACCGGGCUUCAAGGGCUUUGGUGCUCCCAACGUGGUAGAGGAUGAGAUUGAUCAGUACCUCAGCAAACAGGACGGGAAGAUUUACAGAAGCCGAGACCCACAGCUAUGCCGCCAUGGCCCUUUGGGGAAAUGUGUGCACUGCGUCCCUCUAGAGCCGUUCGAUGAGGACUAUCUAAACCAUCUCGAGCCUCCCGUGAAGCACAUGUCCUUCCAUGCCUAUAUCCGGAAGCUGACUGGAGGGGCUGACAAGGGAAAAUUUGUUGCCCUGGAGAACAUCAGCUGCAAGAUUAAGUCGGGGUGCGAGGGGCACCUCCCGUGGCCGAACGGCAUCUGCACCAAGUGCCAGCCGAGUGCCAUCACGCUCAACAGACAGAAGUACAGGCAUGUGGACAAUAUCAUGUUUGAGAAUCACACUGUCGCUGACCGCUUUCUUGACUUCUGGAGAAAGACAGGGAACCAGCAUUUUGGGUUCUUAUAUGGACGGUACACAGAGCACAAAGACAUACCCCUCGGCAUCAGGGCUGAAGUGGCUGCGAUUUAUGAGCCUCCGCAGAUUGGUACUCAGAACAGCUUGGAGCUUCUUGAGGAUCCAAAAGCUGAAGUAGUCGAUGAAAUUGCUGCCAAACUUGGUCUUCGGAAGGUUGGCUGGAUAUUUACAGACCUCGUCUCAGAAGAUACCCGUAAGGGUACAGUCCGCUACAGUCGAAAUAAGGACACCUAUUUCCUAAGUUCAGAAGAGUGUAUCACUGCCGGAGACUUCCAGAACAAGCAUCCCAACAUGUGCCGGCUCUCUCCAGAUGGACAUUUUGGAUCCAAGUUUGUUACUGCAGUGGCUACAGGUCUCUCUCUUACAGGUGGUCCUGACAACCAAGUCCACUUUGAAGGGUACCAGGUGUCCAAUCAGUGUAUGGCGCUGGUUCGAGAUGAGUGUUUGCUGCCGUGCAAGGACGCCCCUGAGCUUGGCUACGCCAAGGAGUCUAGCAGUGAGCAGUACGUGCCUGAUGUGUUUUAUAAGGAUGUAGACAAGUUUGGCAACGAGAUCACCCAGCUGGCCCGACCCCUGCCUGUGGAGUAUCUGAUCAUAGACAUUACAACAACUUUCCCCAAGGAUCCAGUUUAUACUUUUUCUAUUUCACAAAAUCCAUUUCCUAUUGAAAACCGGGAUGUUUUGGGUGAGACACAGGACUUCCAUAGCUUGGCCACCUAUUUGUCCCAGAAUACUUCAUCCGUGUUCUUGGAUACCAUCUCAGAUUUCCACCUCCUGCUGUUCCUGGUCACCAAUGAAGUUAUGCCUCUGCAGGACAGCAUCAGCUUGCUGCUGGAGGCCGUUCGGACCAGAAAUGAGGAGCUCGCCCAGACAUGGAAGAGGUCUGAGCAGUGGGCUACCAUCGAGCAGCUGUGCAAUGGAGCCUCGCUCUUUGCUCAGGAUGGAGUGCAGCAGCACGAUCAUGGCUCCCUGAAACCUCUGCCUCCCAUGUUCAAGCAACGCACCUCCCUCAGCCUCUCAAGUAGCUGGGAUUACAGGCGUGAGCUGCCAUACCUGGCAUUGCCAUCUUUAUGUAUAUGAGUACUCAUUGUUUAGCUCCCGCUUAUAAACAAAAUCAUAGAGCAUUUGAUUUGCUGUUCCUGCAUUAAUUUGCUUAGAAUAACAGCCUUCAGCUUGGAUCCAUGGUCCUGCAUAGGGCAUCAUGUCAUUCCUUUCCAUGGCUGCAACAUUUUUAAAUUUUUUGUAGUGAUGAGCUCUCACUGUGUUGCCCAGGCUGGUCUCAAACUUCUGGCCUCAAGCAGUCCUCCCACCUCAGCCUCCCAAAGCCCUGAGAUUAUACCUGUGAGCCACUGUACCCAGCCCUUUUAUGCAAUUCUAACAAUGACACCAGUCUUUUUAAAUUAUUAUUAUUUUUUUUUGAGAUGGAGUUCGCUCUUGUUACACAGGCUGGAGUGCAAUGGCAUGAUCUCGGUUCACCGCAACCUCCGCCUCCUGGGUUCAGGCAAUUCUCCUACCUCAGCCUCCUGAGUAGCUGGGAUUACAGGCACGUGCCACCGUGCCCAGCUAAUUUUUUGUAUUUUUAGUAGAGAUGGGUUGCACCAUGUUGACCAGGAUGGUCUCAAUCUCUUGACCUCGUGAUCCACCCGCCUCGGCCUCCCAAUAAAUUCUUUUUUGUUUCUUUUUUAGAGACAGGGUUUCACUGGGUUGCCUAGACUGGAGUGCAGUGGAGUGGUCAUAGCUCACUGUAUCCUCCUGCUUCAGCCUUCUGAGUAGCUAGGACUAUAAGCAUGAGCCACUGUACCCAACUAAUGUUGUUUGUUUUUUUGCUUUUUUUUUUUUUUUUUAAAGAGAUGGAGUCUUGCCAUGUUGCCCAGACUGGUCUCAAAUGCCUAGGCUCAAGUGAUCUUCCUGCUUUGUCUCCCAAAGUACUGAGAUUACAGAUGUGAGCCACCAUACCUGACCUUUUUUUUAUUUUAAUUUUUUUGAGACAUGGUCUCAUUCUGUCACCCAGGCUGAAGUGCAGUGGCACUUGAGGUCAGUCUCAGCUUUACCUCCCCAGGCUCAAGUAGUCCUCCCAAGCAGCUGGGACAAAAGCAUGUGCUACCAUGCCUGGCUAAUUUUUAAUUUUUUGUAGAGAUGAGGUCUCACUGUGUUGCCUAGGCUGAUCUUGAACUCUUAGGCUCAAGUGAUCCUUCCACCUCAGUGCUGGGAUUGCAGGGGUAAGCCACCAUGCCCAGCCAACUCUUUAAUAAUAGGCAGUUCUGACUGGUGUGAGAUGGUAUCUCACUGUGGUUUCAGUUUCCAUCUCUGAUGAUUAAUGAUGUUGGGUAUUUUUUCAUGGGUUGGUUGGUUGGUUUGAGACAGAGUCUCUUUCUGUCGCCCAGGCUGGAGUGUACUGGUGUGAUCUUGGCUCACUGCAGUCUCCGCCUCCCGGGUUCAAGCAAUUCUCUUGCCUCAGCCUCCUAAGAAGCUGGAAUUACAGGUGCCUACCACCAUGCCCAGCCACUUUUUUUAUUUUUAGUAGAGACAGGGUUUUUCCAUAUUGGCCAGGCUGGUCUCAAACUCCUGACCUCAAGUGAUCUGGCCUCAGCCUCCUAAAGUGCUGGGAUUCUAGGCUUGUGCACACCAGACACUUAGAUCAGCUCAGGAUGGGUUAUAGGCCUAAUGCUAAAAGGUAAAACUAAGAAGCAUGAUGUCUCAUACCUAUAAUCCUCACACUCUGGAAGGCCAAAGCUGGAGGGUACUGGAUCCCAAUUCGAGACCAGCCUACACAACAUUGUGAAGCCCCAUCUGUAUAAAAAAUCUGAAAAAAAAGAAUUAGCUGGGCAUUGUGGGUGGUCCACACCUGUAAUCCCAGCUCCUGGGGAGGCUGAAAUGGGAGGAUCCCAUGAGUCCAGAAGAUCAAAGUUAAAGUGAGCCGUGAUUGUACCACUCCAACCUGAAUGACAGAGUGAUACCCUGUUUUUAAAAAUACAAAAAACAGUUAUUAGUUGUCUUCAGGGUCUUGGGGUACACAAUUAUUAUUUUAGGCAGGAUGCAGGACUUUGGGGUUAAACACAGAAAGAGUGACAUAAAAAAAUUUGGUAAAUUGAUAGUUAUCUAAACGAAACACUCGUGCUCACCAGAGGGCACUGUUAGAAACAUGAAAAGGCACAGAUAGGGGACGCCGGAGUCUUAGCAAUACAUGCACAUGACAUGACUUCUAGCUACAACUUCAAAAGAACUCCACCUGUUGACAAACAGAAAAAGCAUAAGAAGAAGCUGGGCAGAGGGUGAAACGUUUUGCAAAAGGAGGUGGAGGCCAAGCACGGUGGCUCAUGCCUGUGAUCCCACACUUCUGGAGGUCGAGAUGGGUGGAUCACCUGAGGUCCGGAGUUCGAGACCAGCCAUCUCAACUAAAAACACAAAAAUUAGCCAGGCAUGGUAGCGCAUACCUAUAGUACCAGCUACUCAGGAAGCUGAAGCAGGAGGAUCAUUUGAACCUGGGAGGCAGAGGUUGUAGUGAGCCAAGAUUGUGCCACAGCACUGCAGUCUGGGCAACAGAGUGAGACUCUGUUUCAAAAAAUAAAAAAACAAAAGGAAAUGCAGAAACAGUCAUUAUCAUUCAUCAUCAGGGAAAUGCAAACUUAGGAGAAACCAUUACACAUUCAUUGGUGUGGCCGAAAUGAAAGAAACACAACAGUGUCAAGUGUGCUCGAAGAUGUGAAGCAGCUAGAACACUCUUGCCCUUUGAGAGGCAAAAACAUGCUGUCCCUCGAGAGAACUGUGUGUCAGGGUCAUAGAAAGUACAGUAUACAAUUCAUCACUUUGUAGGCCAGCAGACUCAUUCCUAGGUGGUUUUUGUUCGUUUUUUUUAAGAUAGACUGUCACUCUGUCGCCCAGGCUGGAGCGCAGUGGCGCGAUCUAGGCUCACUGCAACUUGCGUCUCCCAGGUUCAAGCAAUUCUCAUGCCUCAGUCUCCUGGGAUUACAGAUGCGCACCACCACUUCCAGAUAUUUUUUUUUUUUUUUUUAUCAGUAGAGACAAGGUUUCACCAUGUUGGUCAGGCUGGUCUUGAACUGACCUCAGGUGAUCCGCCUGCCUUGGCCUUCCAACGUGCUGGGAUUAUAGGCUUAAGCCACUGCACCCAGCCUUGUUUUUUGUUUUUGAGAUGGAGUCUUACUCUGUCAUCCAGGCUGGAGUGAAGUGGCACAGUCUUGGCUCACUGCAAACUCUACCUCCCAGGUUCAAGGGGAUUCUCCUGACUUAGCCUCCUGAUUAGCUGGGACUGCUACUCAGGUGCAUACCACCAUGCCUGGCUAAUUUUUGUAUUAUUAGUGGAGACUGGGUUUUGCCAUGUUGGCUAGGCUGGUCUUGACCUCCUGACCUCAAGUGAUCUGCCCACCUCGGCCUUUUAAAGUGCUGGGAUUAUAGGCGGGAGCCAUUGUACCCAACCUCACUCUUAUGUUUUUAUCCAAGAGAAAUAAAAACACAGGUCCACAAAGAAAUUCUACAAGAAUGUUCCUGGCAGCUCUGUUCAUAUUAGCUCAAAACUGGAGGCUGGGCUUGGCAGCUCACACUUGUAAUCCUAGCACUUUGCGAGGCCAAGGCAGGCAGAUCACCUGAGGUCAGGAGUUCGAGACCAGCCUGGUCUCAAACAUAGCGAAACCCAAUCUCUACUAUAAAUACAUAAAAUUAGCCAGGCAUUGUGGCUCAUACCUGUAAUCCCAGCUACUUGGGAGGUUGAUGCAGGAAAACUGGUGGAACCUGGGAGGCGGCAGUUGCAGUGAACCAAGAUUGCACCACUGUACUCUAGCCUAGGCAACAGAGUGAGACCCUAUCUCAAAAAACAAACAGAAGGCCAGGCGCGGUGGCUGACGCCUGUAAUCCCAGCACUUUGGGAGGCUGAGGCAGGAGAAUUGCCUGAACCCAGGAGGCGGAGGUUGCGGUGAGCCAAGAUCGCGCCAUUACACUCCAGCCUGGGUAACAAGACCAAAACUCUGUCUCAAAAAAAAAAAGAAACAAAAACUGGAAACAACCUAAAUGCACAUCCCCCAGGGAAUUAGGAUAUCCACACAGAGAAGCACCCUCUGCAACAAAAAGGAAUCAGCAAGCACAGGCUCCCUGUCACUCGCUGUGGUGCAGGAGGCAUUUCUCUGAGCCUGUUGCAGCUCCCAAGGCAGCCAGGCAGUGAGGCUGUUUAGCCCUUCAAAGCAUGGCUGUGGUGGGAGUGCUGUGGGGGCAGCAUGGGGUGGAGGGUGGAGGUAGGGGCCGGGGAGCUUGCAGCUGCCUGCCUCUGGCCCCUGCCCACACUCUGGAGAUCUCUGGUGGGCCAGAAAUGGUGA